AUGAGUUUAACUGGAAAGGUAGCGAUAGUUACAGGAGCAGCUCAAGGUCUAGGGAAGGCCUUCUGUUCUAUAUUAUUAGAUAAUGGAGCUAAGUCCAAAACAUUCCAUACAGCGAAAGAGAUGUUUGGUAAUAUAGAUAUAGUGUGUAAUAAUGCUGGUGUAGGCCUUGAGAAGGCUGGAUGGGAAAAAACUGUGGAUAUCAAUUUGAAAGGUGUAAUAAGAGGUACUAAUUUAGCCAUGGAUUAUUUAAGAAAAGAUAAAGGUGGUAGAGGUGGUGUUGUUGUCAAUGUUUCUUCUAUGGCAGGUUUAAAUCCCAAUCCGUUUGGUCCAGUUUACUGUGCAACGAAACAUGCUAUAGUUGGUUUUACCAGAAGUUGGGUGCUUAAUCCAGAAACAUCUCAGAAUGGUAUAAGAAUGAAUAUGUUAUGUCCUGCUUUUGUUGAUACAAAUUUAGUCAGUUCAAUAAGUGAUGAUACAUGUUUAAAUGUUGAUAAAGCCAAACAAUUUGUACAACAAAUUGGGGUUAUGACACCUGAAUUUGUAGCAGAAGGAUUCUUAGAAUUGGUUACUGAUGAAAAUAAAAAUGGUGCCUUACUGAAGAUGGGGAAAUCAUUUGGAAAGGCUUAUCAUACAUUUGAAAGAGCGUGAUCUGAUAUUGUUGUUAUUUAUUUGUUUAUUGUGUGAUAUAUAAAUAUGUUAUAUAUGAAUAUUUCAUACGCAUGUGAUUAUUUUAUAAUGUUUUUACAUGAAAUGUAUAAUCUUGUAUUUUAUUAAUAUGACCUAAAGGAACUUUGAAAUUAAUAGGCCUACGGCAUGCAAAAUAUGAACUUUUUGUUUUGAUUCUUGAAUGCAUGUUUUAGUUCUGAUUUUAAAACAAAAAAAUGAGCAAACAUUUUGCAGCUCCUUGAAAUACCUCAACUGUAUUUAAAUCAGGAUCCAUCUGUAUAUAUUCAUUACAUGUGUAUCAUUUGUUAGUAUAUAUUAUAUAGUGUUAUCUUUACCUCUCAAUGUCUGUGAGAAAAUAAAUAUUUAUCUUAGUU